AAGCUAUUGUAUUUACUUUACAGAUGGAUGUUUUGGGUUGAUGAGGAUGUGUAUGAGAUGAGUGAUUUCUUCUCCUGCAGCGAGAGCGGCCAAGAGAUCAUUCGAUCCCCAAAGAAUACUGAUGUCAAAGUAUGGGAGGAUUAUGAUGAUGCGGUGGAAAAAGAGGCGUAGCCACGGUCAUAUGCUAUGGACCGACGGUAUGAAUAUCGUCCUGAAGAAAGAGCUGGCUGAGUUGAGGGGCAACUCCUCUUCUGCUCUCCCUGAUGAUGGCGAUGCAGGAGCAAGACGCACUGUGCUUCCCUCUGCUCGUCAACACUUCCUGCAAGAAGACGCAGCGUCCUCCUUCAGUCGCUGCUCUCGCCUACAUGCUGCUGUCUGCCAUCUCUCUCAUCACUUUCACUCUGAACCUGCUGGUCAUCAUUUCCAUCUCUCACUUCAAGCAACUACAUACUCCCACAAACCUGCUGCUGCUUUCGCUGGCCGCCUCGGACUUCUUGGUGGGCUUCCUCAUGUUGUUUCAGAUUUAUCUUCUUGACGGGUGUUGGUUUUUUGGUGACUUGAUGUGUGUUGCGUAUUAUAUUCUGGAUUACGUCAUCACGUCUGCCUCAAUCGGAAGCAUGGUGCUCAUAUCAGUCGACCGCUACUUGGCUAUCUGUGAUUCUCUCCGUUAUCCCAUCAAAGUCACUCAACUAAGAGUUAAAAUCGGUGUUUUUCUGUGUUGGUCCGUUUCGUUAGUAUUCCACUGUCUUUGUUUUUUUGACUCUCUGAAGCAACCUGGCAAGUUCAACACUUGUGUAGGUGAGUGUGUGAUUGUGGUCACGUACGCUGUAGGAAUGACGGACCUCUUUUUCUCCUUCAUCGGCCCGCUCGCUGUCAUUGUUUUUCUGUAUCUGAGACUGUUUGUGGUGGCUGUGUCUCAUGCCCGGGCCACUCGAUCCCACGUGGGGAUCGUCACAUUGCGCAGCACAACUAUUAAGAGUUCUGAUCUGAAGGCAGCCAGGACCUUGGGUGUUGUGGUGGUGGUGUUUAUGGCAUGCAUCAUGCCAUAUUUCUGCAUCGCCAUUUCUGGCCAGGAUGUCAUGCUCAAUGCGUCAUCUGCAGCCUUUAUCAUCUGUUUGUUCUACCUCAACUCCUGUUUGAAUCCAUUGAUCUAUGCCAUUUUCUAUCCCUGGUUCAGAAGGUCCAUCAAGAUCAUAGUGACACUGCAGAUCCUGAAGGCUGAUUCCAGCCAGGCCAACAUCAUGUAGACAAGCCAGCAUGCUUGUCAUCUGUCAUGCUGUGCAGAAUCGAACAAUUCUCCAUUUUUGUUCAAAUGUGGAUCAUUUGAU